AUCUUCGCGAAAACUUUUGCGUCCCGAGAUCAUGCCCCCUCCAUCGGUUUCGGUCGAGUCUAAGAAGCAGAAAGAAAGGGAUCGUGGUAGAAAACGGCGCCAACAGUUGCGUCGGCAGGGUCAAGCGCGACAACUCCGAGAAGUUGACAGCCAUGAAACCAUCCGGCUAGUGAGCCAGGUCCAAGACAUGGAGGAUGGUGUUGACAAUCGUCGUUCACACGAGCAGUUCCAUCGAGGCCAUCCUGCCGCCUCGUCAGACAACAUUCAACACCUCCUACCAGAGAUCUCUACUGUUCACGAUUCCUCCAUUAGCAGCCAUACUUCUCUACGAAUUUGUUCCCCCACAGCCGCGCCAUGGGACGCUCCGGUGGCGCGUUCUCCGAGAGAUGCAAGACAAACGAGUGAUGCGUCCGCGGCCGACAUUAUUUAUACAAGCGCGAGAGAACCAUUGACAGAAGCACUGUCCGAGGCUGUAGCUACUGCUGUGACAGGUCUUGCGGACGCGGGCGAAGAUGCGCGAACACCAGCGGGCCGUCCACGAAGAGAUCCAGCCUUGUCGGAACGUGAACUCACUCGACGCCGCGUUCGAGCCUAUCGUGCCCGUCAACAUCCGUCAAGGAUGCCACAGACUGCGCAGUCCCGGAAUGAUGAUAUUUCGUCAAAUUGGGUCAAUUCAGAAAACCUGUGUUCCGCUCAGGGUGAUCAGCAUUUUGUACACGAUGAUCCGAAUAUGCCUGUUGAUUCCCAUCAGGGUGAUGACGCGCAACAUGCGGCAAGGGAUUGGAACCAAAUUAGUCCCAACUCUCCGGUUUCUUCUGCAACCUCGGACUUAGGUCUCGAUCCGUUAAAUACUGACCAUUUCUACCCCAUCUCCGGCGAUGAUUCCCGCUCGCUUUCGCCCGAUCGCUCGAUAAGGGAGCGCCCAACGUCCCCAAUCGGUGUCGCCGACCGAGUACCGGAAGAUCUUCCUUACCUCAGUCGCUUUAUUGAAGCUCUUCGAGCUCAGGAGACACGGAGUGGUCUUGAAUUUCUUGAAUCGCAAAUCACAACGUAUGAUCGUAUUAUUCAAACACUAUUUACUGCUGAGUGUCACUGUCCAGGUUUGCAUGAGAUUCAUGAUCAUGCCCGGGCUCAUAGUCUUCAAGAAAGGGCCCAGCUCCUUCAAAAUUCAUUGCCACCGCUCACGACUAUCUUGGACGAACGUUUUGCCCGUGAAGCCACCAAAUACCUUCACCAAUGGAAGGAUUUUCUUUCCGACGAACCUGCUGAGCCUUUGUCUUUUCGCUUGAGAGAGCACCACAGUGUUGUAAUAGUUCUUAGGAAUGCAAAUCAUUCUAGAUCCUGUGAUAAAGCCUCUCUAAAUCGUAGAGGUAGCCCUACAGACCAUUUCAUGAAACAGUAUUGCAGUUGCGGUUUGUCGAGUUAUUGAAGGGCGCCUUUGACAUCAGGUACGUUAUCUGAUCUAACACUUGACCCAACUGUACAUUCUUGCGCUACUCAUUUAGCUUAAAUACCUGAAUUAUCUUAUCAUUGAAGCCCAGGCUCUGGCCUAGAAUCAGAU